CAGUCGUUGCUUCCUUGACGAUAUAGCCAGUAAUUACGUGCUUCAAAACAAGCUGCACUAGUACAAUUAGUGCUGGAUGUAGUGUACGGCGUCCAUUCCCACGUGCAUAUUAAAUCUCAAGCAUCCACCCAGUGGAUUUAAAAGCCAGCGUCCAAUUCCCCUCUCCUCGUUUCUCAAGUCAGCCAGCUUUUAAUCACUGCAGUCAAUUCGCGCAAAGUCUCAUACAGUAGUCAUCAUGUCAAAGCCUGAAGAUCUCCCUCCCAUGGAAUACCGCUUCCUGGGCCGUUCGGGACUGCAGGUUAGCGCGAUCAGUCUGGGUGGCUGGUUGACAUACGGUGGCCACGUCGAUAGAGAGGGCACAUUCAAAUGCAUGAAGGCUGCUUACGAUUGCGGCGUCAAUUUCUUCGACACCGCUGAGGUGUACGCCGAUGGCGAGAGCGAGAAGGUCAUGGGUGAGGCCAUCCGUCGGUAUGGAUGGAAGAGGAAUGAUCUUGUCAUCUCCACCAAGAUCUACUGGGGCGCCGCCUUCGGUGACAACCCGGUGAACAACAAGGGCCUGUCGCGAAAGCACAUCAUCGAGGGCAUGGACGCCAGCUUGGAGCGACUAGGUCUCUCCUACGUUGAUCUCAUCUACGCUCACCGUCCCGACCGUCAUACCCCCAUGGAGGAGACGGUCCGGGCCUUCAACCACCUUAUCAACACGGGUAAGGCCCUCUACUGGGGCACGUCGGAGUGGAACGCCGACGAGAUCGCCCAGGCCUGGCGCUACGCCGACAAGCUGGGCCUGAUCGGCCCCGUCAUGGAGCAGCCUGCCUACAACAUGCUGGAGCGCCAGAAAGUGGAGCGUGAAUUCGCCCACCUCUACCGCGAGGUCGGACUCGGCCUGACCGUCUUCUCGCCCAUGCGUCAGGGCAUCCUGUCCGGAAAGUACCGUAACGGCAUCCCGGAGAACUCGCGCUUCGCCAAGAAGGAAGAGAUCGACUUCAUCAAGAACUGGUGGGAUCGCGAGAACGCCCAGAAGACCUUCCAAGAGGUCGUUGCCAAGGCCAAUGCCGUCGCCCCCAUCGCAGACAAGCUGGGAAUCAAGCAGAGCACCCUGGCUCUCGCCUGGGUCCUCAAGAACCCCAACGUCAGCUCGGCCAUCAUCGGCGCCAGUGGACCUGAGCAGGUGUACGAGAAUAUCAGGGCCAUCGAGGCCCAGAAGCUGCUGACAGACGAAAUCAUGCAAGAGAUCGAGGAGGCUCUGCAGAACCAACCGGAGGUUGUCACGCCGAGAUUCUAAGCCAGGGAAUUAUUUUGGUCGCACAUCCCUACAGGGAUGAAAAAUUCUAGAGGAGGCAAGAGGGUCAAGUCACUGGAGCGGCAUCCAUAGAAGUCCUGUCCUAGGAAGAAAGGCAUAGGACACCUGUAGAAUCCUUUCUGCGAGAUCAAAGGGAGAGAGAGAGGAAAAGAGGAAAAGAAAAAAGAAAAGUAAAACUCGAUCCAGCCCGCACCUUGAUCUGGGGCAGACGGACCGAGCACCUCAAUGGAUGACAAAAAGGGCCCUGACACGCGCAAUGCUUCUGUCAAUGGCCUUUCUC